GAAUCCCCUACAGCAAUUCAUUUCGUUAAAAACUGUCGUAUAUGAAUAAAUAUAAUUUAUAGAUACUGUAUGAAAAUAAUUAAAUGUACACACUUCCUGGCAAACUAUUAUAACUAAUAUGUUACCAUUAAAAAUAAGUUAUCUGUAAGAAUAGAUUAGAUAUUUCCAGGCUGCGAUGCAGUAUUAAUCUUAUAGAAGUAAAAAAAUUAUGUUCGUUUUUCAAACAAAACUGAGUGCAUUUGAGCUUAAAUUUAAACAUGUGGUAAUUCCCACAUGAUUUGAUCAUGAAGAAUGAGCUAGCAUAGUUGAUGCAUUGGUUUUUGGACACAGACUGUCAGUCGUUAGGCGUUCCCCUGGCAACUCUACUCAGAUUACAUACGACUACUUUGCCAUGCGAUAAGAUUUCCUAGUUCAACUUCUAUCCUUUAACAUUUCAACAUUCUUUGUCUAAGUAUUUUUGAUUGUUUUUCUAUCUGAAAUAUCUGUGAAUAAUCUCAUAGUUCGCAAGACAGUUUUGUGAUUCGGUGGAAUUGAAAGAUUACUAGGACAAUUCAAUCAGCUUCUUAAGGAAUUAUUUACAAUGAAUUUUUAAUCAUCAUCGUCUAAAAGACGUUCGAUUUGGAAUUAUUACAUUUGGCUACGAUUUAAAAAAUAAUGUGUUUGCAUUCCAAAGGAGUCAAAACGACUGUAGUACAUAGUACAUGUAUGAUGAGCGAUAAAAACGAUACGGUUUUCCGAAUGAUCGAUUGAAAGAGGUGUUGAUACAUAUAAAUUUUCGCUAGUGGAAGCUUAGCCACAUGGAUACCAAUUACAGAGCAAAUAUCGGCAAGUGGCUACCACCUCCAGGCGACGUUCUCGAGAAAUGGUUUCUCAACUCGUCGAUGGUUACAGAGAGCAUAGACAAUCUUAUUGAAUCCAUAGCCUUAAUCAUCCAGGACAUCACAGAUUCACAGAUCUGUGAAUUCGAGGUAUAUAAGAGAGUUGCAAACGAUCUAGAAGAGAUAACGAAAGGGUACAAAUCGAUCAGUACGACGAGUCUUAGUACACAUCUGAUUUACAAGUAUAAGAUGCGUCAUUUCUUGACGAUAUUAAAACGAAAAUUGAACGUACUCGUAAGGUUCACUUCUAAUUUGAUAAACGAAAUCGUCGAUUGUAAGAGUGACGAGUUGCUUAGGAUUAUUUUUAGGUUGGUGAACAUUUAUAACGAUGUAUUAGACAUGGAUAUCGAGGUUUCUGGUCCUUCAACAAGCGUAUUCUGUAAUGAUUGUCCUUAUAUACUGGAACCAAUGAAGAAGAUAUCCGUUACUCGAAUAUUGCAGAUGCUGGCCAAAAAUAGAGCGGAAGAAUCUUGCCACGAACUCAUUGACUGCCUUUUAGCAAAUUACAAGCCCCGCGAGAAAACCGAUCCUUCUACGACAAUAUCUGGCGACGCCGACGUUUCCGAAAAUUCGAGUAUCGAGAUUUAUCGAGCGCUUACGAGACAUUUAACGCCACCGAUCGAAAGUUCCGCCUCGAGAACGGAGUUGGAGGUAUCAAAUAUUGAGAGCAUUCAGACAUUAGUCAAUACUCAAAAUGAACAGGUACUGAGGCUGUUAAACGUCGUGCAAGAUGUUUCACCGAAAUUAUUUGGCACUGAUGCGUUAAAAACUAGCAAAGGUAAACAAGAAAAUCUUUUUCAUUGUUUAACUCUUGCCUGGCGCAGGUGUGGCCAUUUUUAACAUGUGUAUCGAAUGAAUUAGAACUUUAUUUUACAGCAACAAAGCGUAGGUUUAAAUAAAAAGAAUUUUUACCUUUACGUGAUAAUGAAAUUCACUUAAAAAAUAAAAUUGCUUAUACAGUUUAAUAGAAUAGUAACAGAGAAAUAUAAUCUAGAUAGUAAUUAAUGACGAAUAUUUCGUCGAAUUCUCCCUGACUGUAUGUGUCAGAAUUAAUCGGACCUAGCCUCCUGUGCUUGCGGACUAAAUUUCAUUCUUAAUUACCAAUCCGUCUAACAUUGAAACCACCAACAUUGAAAUUACCAACCCGUGAAACAUUAUAAAAUAUUCACGGUCGUGAAAGGCGAGACAAGAUUGAGAAGCAGUGCGAUAAAGAAGGUGAAGAAUUAUUAUCAAGAAGUUGCGUGGGGCGCUCUAUCAGGUAUUCUGGAU